GUUUUGUUUCCAUGGCGACAGGCGGCGCGGGGCGGGCUCCAAACAUAACGCGCUGUGGAAAACAUGCGGCUCGGGGGACCCCCCCGCGGCCCCUGCUCCGGGCCGAGCCCCGCGGGGCCCGGGCGCAGCCCAGGCCGCGUGCAGGGCUGCGAGAAACCCCAGAGCCGGCCCGGGCGCACAAGACCCGCUUCGCCGGGACCCGCCGCGCCCUCGGGGGUCCGGGGCUCCCCGCAGCCAGGGCGCCCAGCCUCCGCGAGGAGGGCCCGGCCGAGAACCCUUCCCCCCUUCGGGACCCGCCUCUGGAGCCGGCGGCGACCACCCUCCCCAGAAGCCCUCGGCUCCGCCCCGCGCCGCCCCGCCCCGCCUCGGAGCUCGCUCCGGCCCCCGCCUCCGGCGGCCCGAGGGGCGGGGCGGGUGGAGGGGGCCGCGCGGGGCCGGGCGGAAGCGCGAGGGGAGGUGCUUCCGGGACAGAGGGCGGGCAAGAUGGCGGCGCCCAUGGAGCUGUUCUGCUGGUCGGGGGGCUGGGGGCUACCGUCAGUGGAUCUGGACAGCCUGGCCGUGCUGACCUAUGCCAGAUUUACUGGUGCCCCACUCAAGGUGCACAAGAUCACCAACCCCUGGCAGAGCCCUUCAGGAACUCUGCCUGCCCUCCGGACCAGUCAUGGAGAGGUCAUCUCGGUACCACACAAGAUCAUCACCCACCUUCGAAAAGAGAAGUACAACGCUGAUUAUGAUCUGUCAGCCCGGCAAGGGGCAGACACGUUGGCCUUCAUGUCUCUGCUGGAGGAGAAGCUGCUCCCGGUGCUGAUACAUACUUUUUGGGUAGACACCAAGAACUAUGUGGAAGUGACCCGGAAGUGGUAUGCGGAGGCCAUGCCCUUUCCCCUGAACUUCUUCCUUCCCGGCCGCAUGCAGCGGCAGUUCAUGGAGCGGCUGCAGCUGCUGGGCGGGAAGCACAGGCCUGAGAACGAGGAAGAGCUGGAGAAGGAGCUGUACCAAGAGGCUCGGGAAUGCCUGACCCUGCUCUCCCAGCGCCUGGGCUCUCAGAAGUUCUUCUUCGGAGAUGCCCCCGCCUCCCUGGACGCCUUUGUCUUCAGCUACUUGGCCCUGCUGCUGCAGGCCAAGCUGCCCAGCGGGAAGCUGCAGGCCCACCUGCGGGGGCUGCAGAACCUCUGCGCCUACUGCACACACAUCCUCAGCCUCUACUUCCCCUGGGAUGGAGCUGAGGUGCCACCCCCACACCAGACACCAGUGGGCCCGGAGACUGAGGAGGAACCGUACCGGCGCCGGAACCAGAUCCUCUCUGUGCUGGCAGGCCUGGCAGCCAUGGCGGGCUACGCCUUGCUCAGUGGCAUUGUCUCUAUCCAACGGGCAACGCCUGCUCGGGCCCCGGGCGCACGGUCCCUGAGCAUGGCUGAGGAGGAUGAAGAGGAGUGACUUGCCCUCACGCCCCCGGGACUGAGUUUUCUACUGUCGUACAUUCCAGAGGCCCCCGUGUUGCCCCAUUGCCAGUACGGCUGGAAGUGGGGUGCCGCUCCCGUAAUAAACCUGUCCACGCUGACUGGAA